AUGGUUAUAAUAUAUGGAUUAUGGUUAUCACGGACACCGUGUUCGACAGUUUGUGAUAUUGGUAUAAAACAAUGUAAUCAUUCAUGUAUUCCACCAGGUUCAAAUUAUGGAAAUUAUACUUUGAAACAACGAGCUUGUGGUGGAGCUCAUUAUCAAAGUGUCGUUGGAAUCAAAGAAACAUUACAUGACCAAUAUGCAAUGAAAGGUUAUUUAGCCAUACAAGAAGAUAAUAUUUUAUGUGUUCCGUAA